AUAUAAGUAGUGGAAGGUCUUGACUUAGGUUUGCAGAUGCAAUAUUUACGUUAAAAAGCUGUCUUGACUGAGUCUGUGAAAAAUUAAAACUUAAUGGCGUGAUGGGUGAGUUGAUAAGUCCCCCAGCCCCUCUUUUCACACAUUGACGUGAUUAGGGGGAAGACGAAUUAGUAAAAAAGUAAAUCAUUUUCGUUUUGAAAAGUAAAUUAUUAUCAAUAGAAGUUUUGAUUCAGUAGGAGUAAUCCAAGUUCUCUGAGAGAGUGAGCAUGCAUCCAAACAGUCUAAAAUUGCUUCAAACCAUAUUCUUGGUUUGGGUUUCGCACGUGCAGGUUUUGCAGGUGAUAUCUGGAAGCAUCGGGUGCAAAGAGAGGGAGAGGCAAGCACUUUUGGAGCUGAAGAAAGGGUUUGUGGAUGACUACGGCAUUUUAUCUUCAUGGAGUCAACAUGGAGACUCUGAUACUGAUUGUUGCAGCUGGUGGGGUAUUGAGUGUAGCAAUCACACAGGCCAUGUUCUGAUCCUCGAUCUUCGUCCUCGUGACUAUGACAAAUCUUUGAGAGGUGAGAUUAGUGCGUCACUGGUGGAACUGCAACAUUUAAAUUAUUUGGAUCUCAGUUGGAAUCAUUUCCGUGGAAACCCAAUCCCAGAAUUUAUUGGCUCUCUUGUUAAAUUAAGGCACCUUUACCUGUCCCAUGCUUCUUUCGGUGGAAAAAUUCCUUAUCAAUUGGGAAACCUUUCAAACUUAGAAGUUCUUCACCUCUAUGUAAACGAUCUAAUAGGAGAAAUUCCUUGGGAAUUGGGAAAUCUUCUCAAUUUGCAACAACUUAUGCUCCAAUUCAACCACCUAGGUGGCUUAAUUCCUUAUCAACUUGGUAAUCUUUCAAGAUUAGAGGUUCUUCAUCUUGGUUCAAAUGAUAAUCUUCAAAUUGAGAACAUUCAAUGGAUUUCUCAUCUUUCUUCUCUAACCAGUCUUGAUAUAGGUGAUCAAUCAAAUCUUAGAAAAUCCAAAAACUGGUUGCAAAUAAUUGGUCAGCUGCCAAACCUACAAAUUCUAAGUUUAUCUAACUGCAAUCUUUCAUAUAUGGAUCUUCUUUUGGUGCAUCCUUCCCAGCUCAACAUUUCUAAUUCUCUAGCUCAACUUGACCUAUCUGGCAACAUGUUUACAUCAUCCAUAUUUCCAUGGUUGUUCCAUUUGAACUCUAGUCUUGAUUACCUUGACCUCAAUUCAAACCUCUUGGAAGGUCCCAUUCCAGAUGAUCUGGGCAAAAUAAUGAACUCCCUUCAAACAUUGCAUCUCAAUGGCAAUCAAUUAAAUGGAACCUUGCCAAAAACAAUUGCAAAUCUAUUAGAAUUGAACGAUAUUAAUGUUGCAAGCAAUUUUUUGGAAGGUGGGAUCACAAACUUGGCCUCUUUUGCCAAUCUCACAAAUUUGAAGCUCUUGGAUUUAUCUAGGAACUCUUUUACAUUGAAAUUUAGCAACAAUUGGAUUCCUCAAUUUCAAUUGGCACAAUUUGUAGUCCAAUCUUGCACAUUGGGUCCUUCCAUUCCGAAAUGGCUUCAAACACAGAAUGACCUAAACUAUCUAGAUGUUUCAGAUACCAGGAUUUCAGACAUGGCAACAGCAACUGCUUUUCUAUGCUCUAACAAAAGAAGAUUGAACUUUUUGAACAUGUCAAGUAAUCACUUCAAAGGACAACUUCCAAAUUGUUGGAAUCAGUUAGCAUCAUUGAGAAUUCUUGAUCUGAGCAAUAAUGAGUUCUUUGGAGAGAUUCCAAGCUCUAUGGGCUCCUUGCAUUUGAUGCGUCACUUAAUUUUACGUGGCAAUCACUUCACAGGUCAAAUUCCAUCUUUGAAAAAUUGCACUCAGUUAGUAAUGUUGGAUGUGGGACGAAAUAAAUUGUCAGGACCCAUACCUCUAUGGAUAGGAUAUAACCUUCAAAAUUUGCAAGUACUUAGCAUGAGGAAGAACCACUUUCAUGGGAGCUUGCCGUUGCAUCUCUGUCACCUAAAAACUAUUCAGGUUUUGGAUCUUUCAAUGAAUAACUUGUCCGGAAAAAUACCAAAAUGUCUCCAAAACUUCUCAGCAAUGGCUCAAAAACCUACAUCUACUAUUGGCAUCGAUGAAUUCUACACCUUUAUAAAUGGCUCACCUUCGUAUUUUUUUCUUUAUGAUUUUUAUCCGACAGUUAGGUGGAAAGGAAAGGAAUUGUCAUUCAAGGACAAUAAAAGACUUCUGAAGCUCAUUGAUAUAUCUGUCAAUGAACUGUAUGGGAAAAUUCCAAUAGAAAUUGGAAAUCUCUCGGAACUUGUAUCCUUAGAUUUAUCAAGCAACAAUUUGAGUGGUGAAAUCCCUAGGGAGCUUGGAAAUCUACAUGACCUUGAAUUUCUUGAUUUAUCAACAAACCAUCUGUCUGGAACAAUUCCUUCAAGUCUUUCUAAAAUUAAUUGGCUUUCUGUUUUGAACUUAUCAAACAACAACUUGUCUGGAAAAAUUCCAUCUGGAACACAACUUCAAGGUUUUGAUGCAUCUUCUUAUGAUGGAAAUCCAUAUCUUUGUGGGAGUCCACUGAAAAGGCUCUGUCCAAAUGAAGGAUCAGAACCUCCAUUGAAUUUUGGGAAACAUGAGGACGAGAAAGAUGAUUCAUUUUUCACUCAGGGAUUUUACAUAAGCAUGGGUUUGGGAUUUGUUACUGGAUUUUGGGCCAUCUUCGGCUCAUUGCUCAUAUUCCGUUCUUGGAGGCAUGCUUACUUCACCUUCCUGAAUAAUUUGUAUGAGAGAAUUGUUGUGGUCACAAUAAUCAACUUAGCAAGGUGCCGCAGGCUGCUUAGAAGAUAAGUGUAAAAGCAGGAUGGCCAGAGAGGAGCCUCAACCAUUGGAAGCUGGAAGCUCGAAAGUGUGUUUUUGUUGGUGUGGAAGAUCACGUCUGUAAUACUCUGAAGCAUUCUGUAGAAUAGGUGUGGAAGAUCACCAUAGGAAUAAAUCAUCUUUCGUGGAUUCAGUAAUUGUUAUACUUUGUUAAUUUGUGCUGUGAAUCUUCUCUUUUCAUGUCUGUGAUGAUUGCAAGUUGCUCUGUUUUAUCAAAUAAUUUCCUCUGCUAC